GUUUUUCACGCAAGAAAAAUCUCGGGAAACCUUUUCGCUACCUCAAUAUUCAACGAAUUUCCUGAAUAAACUCAGUGUUAACCGUUGUAUAACAACGCCCUAGUCCUGCUUCUGGUUUUAGGUGAUUUGUGCGAAUCAGGAUGAGCGACCCGGUACCGGAAUCCGAGCGCGAGGAAAUGUUGGCGCAGCACCGGAAGGAGAAGAAGGAGCUGCAAUCAAAGAUACAAGCGAUGAAGAAGAUGAAGGUGGAUAAAAAGAAGAAGAAGGAAAUUCAGGACCAGAUCGCCAGCAUGGAAACGGAAAUGGAGGAACGACAUGCUGAAGAACUGAAACGCUUGACCAUCUCCGAGUCGACCGAGUCCCCGGAGGAAAACGGUGCUGCCGUUGAGGUGGAAGAAAAUGGAUUAGAGCCACAAACUGGCCACCAAGAGGAGCUACGUUUAAGUAAAGCGCAACGACGAAGAGAGAAGAAGGAACAAGAAGAUCGCGAGCGUGCGGCUAGGAUUAAGGAAGAGGAAGCCGUGCUGCAAAAGAGUUCCCCGCGUGUGAUCGAGAACAAUCGCAUCAAUGAAAUUCUUCGCAAGCGGCAAAUGACUUCGUUCGCCGUCCCGGCCGAUGGGGAUUGCCUGUACAAUGCGAUCAAUCAUCAGCUCGAGCUGCACGGUAUCGGUUCGUACAGUGUCGCUGAUCUACGCAGCCUAGCGGCGGAUUACAUCGAAGAAAACAAGGACAAUCUGAUCUGCUAUAUGAGCCAUCCGGAUACGGGAGAUAUGCUCGACUCAGCCGGAUUCGACAAAUACUGCCACCAGGUGCGUUCAACCAAGGCUUGGGGUGGUGAGAUCGAAAUCAAAGCCCUCUCCAGUACUCUGAAGUGUCCGAUCGAAAUCGUUCAAGCCACCGGGCCGGCGACGAUACACGGACAAAAUGAGGACAAUGCCAAAAAGCUGAUCCUCACAUAUCAUAGGCACAUGUACCGCCUAGGGGAGCAUUACAAUUCAACGAAACCAGUUCCACCGCCAGAGGCAGCGGAGAAUGAGGAUGUAGAGUAGGGAAUGCAAUGCAUUGGAAACUAAAAAUAAAGUCCUUUUUGUUGUAAAACUAAAAAUAAAUGUAUCCAAUAAUUUAGAGAAUUUUGUCCGGCCUCACCUGCUAUAUGAAUCUUGGUUCUCGUCGCCCUCGGAAAAAGUGCAAUUCACGCGAUUCGUUUAUUCUUUUUGUAACUAGUGCAAUACAGUCCUAGACUG